AUGGAUGUUUUGAACGAGUUGCCAUCAACGGAUUUUGAUCAGUUAGUUAGAACAGAAGAUCAUGUAGGAAAGAUUAAAUCGAUGUUACGCUUGGAAUCGGAUGAGGUUAAAAUAGUGGGGAUCUGGGGUUCUGCAGGUAUUGGCAAAACCACCAUAGCUAGAGCUUUGUACAAUCAAGUUUCCAGCAACUUCGAACUUAAGUUUUACAAAGAGAAUCUUGGGGGAAUGUUUAGGAGGAUUAGUCUUGACCCCAUUAGCUUGAAAAGUCAUUUGGAAAACGAGUUACACUCUGGAAUUUUAGAUUAUAGGGACAUGAAGAUACCUGACUUGCAGGAGGCGCAAUUUAGAAUAAUGCACCAGAGAGUCCUCCUCAUUCUUGAUGAUGUCUGUUCUGAGGAGAUACAAGCUUUGGCAAAUCUGAUUCAGUAUCUUAAAUUUGGAAGUAAGGUUAUCAUGACGAAUGAAAAUCUAUUCACAUUGAUGCAUAAUGGGAUCGACCAGAUAUACAAAGUUGCUUUCCCAUCGAGUGAAGAGGCUUUACAGAUCUUCUCAUACUCUGCGUUUGGACAAAGCUCUCCACCAAGAGGUUACUUGGAGCAUGCAAAUGAAGUAGCUAAUCUUAUUGCUCCUUUUCCACUUGCUCUCAAGAUCUUAGGCUCGGCUUUACGUGGGAAGAGCAAAGAGGAGUGGACAAUGGCACCGGCUAAACUCAAAACUUAUGUUGACGUCACGGAUAUUGAGAAAGCUAUUAGAUUUGCGUACGAUGGUUUAUCUGAGAAUCACAAAACUUUGUUUUUCUCGUUAGGCGAUUCUUCUUAUUGGAGUAAGAACGGGUUGUACUCGCUUUCCGCCUUAAACUCGUAUAUAAGGAGAGACUGGGACAUAGAGAAAGGGGUACAAACCCUAGCUGAUAUGGCUCUUAUCUCUAUAUCUAGGGGGGACGGAGAUUUAAUCAUGAUGCAUUAUCUCGUUAAGUUAAUGUGUAGAAGGUUAACUUAUUUCAAUUAA